AUGGGGUCAUGGCUCUGCAGUAUUCUGUGUGGGUACAGUGGAAUAAUGGAGACGUAUGGGGCUACUGGCCCAGGGCAGGAUGCUGUCUCAAAAGCAGAUCAGAGCAUCUUCUACUUGAGCUCCGUGUUGCAGUAUUUCCUCUCCUGCACAGCUGUGGUGACCGAGUCCUUCCUGCUGGCAGUGAUGGCGUAUGACUCCUUUGUGGCCAUUUGUAAUCCUCUGCUUUACACAGUGGCCAUGCCACAGAGUCUCUGUGACCUCCUGGUGGUUUGGUCAUAUCUUUGGGGUAUGAUGGGCCCCUUGGUACUCCUUUGCCAGGCUCUCCAUCUAAACUUUUCUGGACACAAUGUGAUCAACCACUUUUUCUGUGAGUACACUGCUCUCAUCACUGUGUCUAGCUCUGAUGUUCACAUCCCCCACCUGCUGUUUUUUGCUUUUGCCACCUUCAAUGAGAUGAGUACACUGCUGGUCAUCCUCAUGCCCUACAUUUUCAUUCACACGACUGUACUAAAAAUCCGUUCUGCCAGCGGGCUUUGCAAAGCCUUCUCCACCUGUGCCUCCCAUGUGACUUCCAUCACCAUCUUCCACGUGACUGUCCUUUCCCUUUACUGUGUGCCCAAUUCCCAAAACCGUCACCAAUCCCAUGCUGAACCCUCUGAUCUAUAG